AUGGAUCUCAAUGGACGCCCAGCGGUGCAGGUCGUCAUCAACGGCCAUCCAUCGGCGCAGCAAGCCUAUGGUCCGACCAUGUCGUUCCAGAACCAGCAUAUACCGCAGUCCAGACCAUUAUCCGUGGAUGAGGCGCUUCAGUACUCGUCCAUGUCCAGUGCUCCUGUCUUUGGUCUCGACUGCGUGAUACGCCCUGAUGUUGGUCGUCCGUCCAAUACCACCUCUAUCAAUCAUGUCCUUCAAGCUGGUCGCAAUACUUUGAGUGAGCUCGAUGCGGAGAUACAGUCCGGCCUGGACGAGUCAAGUCGCCUGGAGACGUCCCGUGAAUACCUUCAGCAAUUGCUGGAUGGAGAUCAGUUGACUGAAUUCAAAUUCAAGAUCCCUCCUACUCUCAGCCGCAGUCAACAUUCACUCUCGAUCACCUCAGAUGGCCCUUCCUCCUGUCGCAGUCAACUCGGCUCCUUUGCUCGGAUGAUCCUAGAGUCAACGGACAUCGCCUUCAGAUAUCCCGAGACGUCAACUCCCAAGAUCAAACCUGAAAAGAAAGAAACGAUAUCGAAAGCUGCUACCGAGUGGAAUCAGCAGGCAUAUAUUGCAAACAGCACGAAUUCCGCCUCAUUCGAAAAGUCUCAACAACCUUCGAGCCAAGUGUCCGUGGUCAUCCCAAUGAAGUCUACACCCACGAAAGAAGUGAAGUCAAAGCCAAAAAUCAAUCAUGAGGAUGAGAUUACCGCGAGGCGGCUAUGGGACCAAAAGGCGGAAGCCGACGACGCUCUUCUGAAACUACAAGAUGUUCUGCAUGAAGUCUUCGAGGCGGAGGAUCAGAUCGAGCCGGACUCUUCAAUUGCUCUAACUGCGGACAGGCCGAACCCAAUUUUUGUGAAUACGAGGUCAUUGGAGGUUCACGGCGUGGUCUUGUCUUCCGACGCUCAUACCCGUCUACAAAAAGCCAUUCGGAAAGUAUCUGGAUUUGAUCGACUUCAGGACAUUCCCUCCGACUAUUUAAAAAGGAUUCAGAAACUUUGCGAAAAGCCAAUUCUUGCCGCUCAGGCCGCACCGCUCACUUUGCAUGAUCCUCUCAAUGAGGCUGAGACUCAGGAAUGGCUGGGCAAAGUUGAGGAUAUUUUGAAUGCUUUGCUCGCCAUUGGAACACUUCUGCAGACAAUGUCUGGGCGCCAGACGGAGCGAGAUCUAUGCCCCGAAGAUCUCAUCGAAGCCGUUCCGCCCGUUGUCGAGCAGGUUUUCGAUCACUGCAUCAUUCCUGCUGUUGAAUCACGCCCAGGCGGCAAGGAUGCGGAGCAUUUCAAGUUUUUCUCGGCCCAGCGACGCAUCAUUGCAAGCCUGAUUCAUCAAAGUAAAAAGGCGUUGACUCUUUUCGCGGACUUUUUAUCCCGAAUUGAAGUGCCUGAAAGCCCUAUCAACUCCGCUUUAUUCUUCGCUGCCAAGUUGAUCUUCGUUGAAAAUGCACACAACGAGAGAGACUCCGCUGUUGGAUCUGCAAAGUUCGAGCCAGCAAGACGUGGAGCAAUGGACGUGCUCGCAAAAAUCUUCGCUCGGUAUCCAGCCCAGCGGUCCUAUAUCUUGGAUCAAAUCCUAGGUUCUUUGGAAAAGCUCCCUUCCACCCGUCAAAGCGCCAGGCAGUUCAAACUGGCUGACGGGAAAAACAUCCAACUUCUCACGGCGUUGGUCCUUCAACUUGUGCAGACCACUGCACUGGAAACACCUACACGCUCGAAAACCAAGCGUCGACUACAAGCUUCAACAGAUGACGACGAUGAUGAAUUGAUGGGCGGCGAUGAGCCUGAUGACGACGAUGACGACGAGUCUCUGGAGCGCUUGGCGGCCAAGGUCAACAGACUAUACGACAACGCCAUUCGAAGCGCACAAUACAUCGUGACAUUUAUAGUGCAGCGUGCCAUGAACGCGACCAAAAGUGGCGAUCAGCCAUUCCGAAACAUUCUUGAUCUUUUCACUGAAGAUUUGAUCAACGUGCUCGGAUCUACCGAUUGGCCUGCGUCGGAGCUGCUUCUUCGAAUCAUGGCGUCGCAUAUGGUCGGCAUUGCAGAUCUCGACAAGAGCUCGGCUCAAGCGAAGAGCAUGGCUCUCGAGCUUCUAGGAUGGAUGGGUUCUGCAAUUUCGGAUUUGAUCGCAACCGCUCAACAUAUGCUUCCCGCUCUGGAGGACGCCGAUAGUGAGCUUACGGAUUCCCUCAAGCAGCAGUUCGAGGAUUUCUCUAGUCGUGCGCUACACCCACAGGACUUGGUCGCACCAAAUGGCCCCUACCGAAUGGCCCUUGAGUAUUUGUCACAAGAUACGAGCUCGGACAACUCUCAGCUGACUAGCACAAGGGGCUUUUAUUUGGCUGCGUGGGCGAAGGUCGUUUGUAACCUCUAUUACAACUCCGAAGACAAGGAAGAAAUGCCAGAAGACGAUAUGACCAACGAACUGGUGGUUCUCCUAUCGAGAUCCUUCUCCGAUUCUCGCUGGCUGGAGACACACAGGAAGUUCAAUUCCAUCUCCAAUGUUCAUGGAAAGUUUGCCUAUAUCCUGACGGUUCUGAAUUCGGGCUUUGGCAAAGCAUUUGAUACCAUUCUCAAGGUCCUUCUAAAUUCAAUUGCUAGCGACCAAGCCAAGGUUCGCAGCCGAAGUUUGAAGAGUGUCAUUGAAAUGCUCGAGAAAGAUCCAAAUCUUCUUGAUCGGGAUGCCUCAGUUAUGCAUCUGAUUCUUCGUUGCACCACGGACGCUUCACCUAUGGUCCGUGAUUCGGCCUUGUCCUUGAUCGCCAAAUGCAUAGGGCUUCGACCGAAGCUGGAGGAACAAGGGUGUCGCAGUAUCCUUGCGUGCGCUGCUGAUCCCACGGCCGGUGUUCGCAAGCGCUGCAUUGGUCUGUUGAAAGAACUCUACCACAAGACCCAUCGGCAAGAGCUCAAGUUGGCCAUCCUUGAUAGCUUCCUUCAACGGACGGGCGAUCAUGAGGACAGUGUGGCAACCUUGGCCCGUCAAACUUUCGAAGAAAUUUGGCUUGUCCCAUUCCAUGAGUCAAUUGAUGCCAUCUCCGACGGACCAAAGCUUAAGAUCGCACUCGGGGAGCAGGUCGGGUUGAUCGUCAGCCUUGUUGAGCGCAGUGACAACGCCCUUGACUCUCUUGGCAUCUGUUUGAGGGCGGUACUUUCCGAAAAAUCCAAGUCUGCGACCCUUAAUUUCAAAGUCUGCAAAUCGAUGGUGGCCAUCAUGUUCCAGAGACUCGUGGAAGAUGCCGAUGCUUCUCCACAAGAGUUCAAGCAAGCCCUGCUCCAGACAAUAACCGUCUUUGCCAAGGCCAACGCAAAGCUGUUCAGCCCAGAUCAAUUGGAAGCCUUGCAUCCGUACAUCGGCAACCUUGCUAAUGCGGACGACCUAUUCCUGUUCCGAUCUGUGGUCGUGAUUUACCGAUGUGUCUUACCGUAUCUAUCCUCCUCCCACAACAAGCUGCUCAAGGACGUUCAGAAUGAUCUCUUCAAGAGUGUCGCCAAGCUGAGUCGUCACGAGUUGAAUGAGGUCAUGGCUUGUCUGUGGACCAUCAAUGGUGUCUUGCAGAACACAGACCGACUCGUCAAGCUGACUCUGUCCGUUCUCAAGCCAUUGCAGCAAUACAAGAGCGUCGACCUGUCAUCGCCCGACAAUGCUAAGAUAUCAGCACGUGCCAAGAGCUACCUCAGAAUCGCAGGUUGCGUCGGAAAGCAUUGUGAUCUCGAGAAGUAUAUUCCUCAUUUCAAAAAUUCAUUUCCGACAUGGGCUACUGGCUCUAGUAGCUCCGUGGCUGCCCUGAUGGUCGACUGUAUCCUUCCAUUCACUAGCUCCAACCAGCCUACUGAGCUUCGAGUUACGGCUCUUGAGAGCGUGGGUUCCAUCUGUCAAUCUUGGCCCGCGCAGUUCGGCCGGGAGCCCACUCGAAAGAUGUUCGCACAGGUGUUCAAGGAAGAUGCUCCUGGGUUGCAGCAUAUAGUGCUUCGGUCUUUCGCAGAUUUCUUCUUCAUUCACGAGGGCAAACAUGAGAAAGGAGUGGUACCAACUCCCGAGGCAGCUGCCCAGGAGGAUUCCACCCGGCUCGGAGGGUCACUGAGAGCUAGCGAUAAUGAUGGCGCUGCUGCAUUGAUUGCCCAACACUUCCUCAAGAACAUGCUGAAGGUUGCACAGUCCCGACAGGAUACUUACGCGCUGACCGCUAUCGAACUCAUUGCAAGCAUCAACCGUCAAGGUUUGGUGCAUCCCAAGGAAUGCGCGGGAGUCCUCGUCUCGCUGGAGACAUCGACUGAUCCAAAGAUCGCCAAGGUCGCUUUUGACACGCACAAGAUGAUUCACCAACAAUUCGAAUCUAUGUUCGAGCGAGAGUACAUGCGAGCCAUUCAAGAAGCCUUCUACUAUCAGCGCGACGUGGUCGGCGAUUCGAACGGUGCUACCCCUCGGCCUUUCGUUGCAAAGCUUGCUCCUCUAUUCGAAAUCGUCAAGAUCAGCAACAGUCGGUACCAAAAGAAGUUCCUUUCCAAUCUUUGCUCUAAGGCGGACUUUGAGUUGAAGAAGCUUGAUGCCUCUGGUGACCCCCCAGAACAUCUCCUGAUGGCCCGCUUCAUCUCUCAGAAUCUGGCAUAUUUCGACUAUGCUCAGUUGGCUGAACUGCUACCUACCGUUGGCUGUCUCGAGCGAAUUGUCUCUUCGACCGGCACUGUUGUUGCGCAUGCAAUCGAAACAGAUCUAUUCCCAAGUCCAAUUGGUCCACCUGUGGUCGAGACUCCAACUGGCAUGAUGAGCCUUGGCCCUGAUGUGCCGAUGCCGAUGCCUCCCAGUGUCUCGCAGCCAGUCAAUCCCGCAACUCUACGACUCUUGACCACCGCUGCCGCAUCACUCUCUAUGCUUUGGGAAGCGCGAACCUAUCUGCGCCGUCUCUAUGGACUCAACUCACACCAGAAAGACAAGGAUGGCAACGGCAAGCAGAGCGCCAAGGAGCUCAACAAGACGGCCACCAAGGUUCAUGGUGUGACUGGUGAAAAGUUCUGGGAAGCCGUUGUGGGAAAUAUGGCCUCGCUCGACAGUGAAGAAGCUAUGCUCACCAAGUGCCGUGAAUUCUCGACCUUGCUGGCCAUUGACGAGGAGUUCAAGGUCGACCGGGAGAAUGAUGGGGAGGGCGACAGCCUCGACGCAAUCGGAGAUGCCGAUGAUAUGAUUGGCUUUGGUGGAUCUCGUCCAAUGAAGCGCAAGAGCUCUGUUUCCAGCACCGGUCUGAACAAGCGACCCAAGGCCCGCAAAAGCUCUGUCGGCAGGAAGCCAUCUAGUGCCGAGCCUGAUGACGGCUGGGAUUAG